CCGAUCCCGAUCAAAACAAGUCUCCACAUCGCGUACUCCCAUCAACCUCCCUCCGCGACACCGACCCUUACAUCUCGACGACCCCGACGGCGAACAGAGGGAGAGAUAAUUCGACAUCUCUCUCAUUGUACUAAUAAUCCACCACUCAGAGGAGACACCUUACCCCGACAAGGACGGUCCAGCAUUGAACGGCCGUUGCUACGGUUUCCGACGUGUUUGUUUUGAUUUCCAACCAUGGCCGCACGCAAGAUCACCGCUGUUGGCUCGCUCGCCUGGCUUGCAAACGAACGGCAGACCAUCAAGCAACUCGAAGAGCAAGAUGUUGAGGACAUCGCCUAUGCUGUCCGUAACGACAUGGACUGGCUCAAUGAGCACAUGGCAAACAUCUUCGAGAAAAACAUAUUUGACAUGGCGGAGAUAAUGAAAACCCCCGGGCGAUUACGACUGAAGACCCCAGGGAAAACGCCCCGUACGCUGCUGCGGAGGCCGUUCGUCAACCCCGAUGAGGAGCAACACUCCGACAUCUUCAAUAGCCGUCCAGCCGCAACACCCUUUGCCAACCGACUCCAGAAGCCCAUUCCGGCGUCCGCCAAAAAGCAAAGUGCACCUCCGCCCCCAACCCAACCGACGUUUAUCCCGCCUACCCAACUCGAACUUCCAACUCCGGAUUCUCCACAUCAGCUCUCGCCCACGAGAAGCCCCACUAGGACAUCGCCGCGCAAACAACCGAGCCCAACCAAGGUCGAUACGCCUGUCAAGAGCCCCAUCAAAGACAUCGUCAUACAGCCCCCGACAUCUCCGGGCGCUGAUCGUAUCUCACGACAAGCACCACCAAACUUCGGCGAUAGUGGCUUCUUCACCUCGUCAAAUCCUAACUCUCAAGCUGAAGCUUCCCAGAACAGGCCGCGUGAUUCCACUAUCUCCCAAUUGUCCGUCGACACCAAUGCAAGGAGGCACAGCGAAUUCAAUGAUGGAAGAAACUCAUUUUCUACAGCAAAGGAGGAUGUAUCUAUGCACCCGCCGUCGUCACCUGUCGAGGAGGUCAUUCUUCUCGGUGCAAAUCCUCCAGAAUUGUCUGCCGAGCGGGAGCCAUCUGAGGAGACGGACGACGACGAUGAGGAGGAGGAGGAGGAGGAGGAUGAGGAGGAGGAUGAGCAACCAGAGCUAUAUCACGAAACGCCCAUCAGGCCACCACCUCUUUCUACCAUGAAUAUUAAGGCCUCUCCCCUUGAACCUCGCCGUUCAGGACGCUUGGCAGUGACGACAACAGCAUCCGAACCGCGGGAGCAAGCACCGCCUGUACCUGAAGCUGUUCCGUCACCACCUAGGGAAACACGUGGAGCAAGUAUGACAGAUGUCGAUGAACCCGCGAGCCCCACGGAACCUAUGGAGGACAUUGCAGUAUACCCAGUACUUCCCGCAGUAAAAUCCAAGGCGCCUGAACCGGAACCUAUUGAGCCGGAGCCAAUUGAACAAGAAACGAUGGAAGUUGAGGCGAUGGAACCUGAGGCCACCAAACCUGAGACGCUGGAACCAGAGGCAAUGCAGAUUGAGAGAAUUUUGGAGACUCCCUCGCAAUCUUGCAACAUGGUAGAAUCGGAAACCCCUUCAGAGCCCCCCACGCCGGACAUUCCCGCAAUGCGGAAGAGUAGUAUGAGCUUUGCAUCCCUCCCGGCCCGCGAGCCAUUAACGAGUAAGAAGAGCAUGGGAGCAAAGGCGAUACGGGAAAGCCAGCUGGAGCAGUUGAAGCAGGACGGGGCACAACAAAGAGCAAGCUGGAAGAAGAGUAAUGGGAAGAGUUUGGGUGGAAGUUCGAGGUCGAUUAUCCGGAAAACUCAGGAAGAAGAGAAUGAAGAGGAGGAAGGGACAACCGAGCCGAAGACAGGAGAGAAGCGGAAGAGUAAUGAUGCUGGUUCGUCCAGAUACAGGAAGAUAUCGAGGGGAGCAGACCUCGUCGGAGUCGUGGUUCAAGAGACAACGAAGAUUCCUACCAAGAGUGGAGACGACGGUUCGGAUUCUGAGAUCCGCAACCACAGCAAGGCAUCUACGCAGCGGCUUCACGACAAGAUUCAGCUCCUCGGGAAGCACAGUGCCCGCACAGCGCGUUCAUUCCCUGCUACAGCUGCUCAUGCUCAUAUUGGAUACCCCGACCUCUCCGAACAUGACCAAGAUGGUUCAGCAACGCAAAAGGAAAAGACCCACCCUGGAGUGGAUGAGGCCGGAGAGACUGUUCGCGUAAAGUCACAGUUCCCACGCAGCAAGACUGAAGGCGCCGUCUUUGGCGUCGCACCAGAAGAACCAAUUAAACCGGUAUCUCCCCGCAGAUUGGCGCCACUCAAGACUCGGACACCCGCAUCGCCGUCUGUUAAUCGCACGGUGGACUUGGCGAUCAUUGACAAGCCAGGGCAGUCUUCCAGCCGCCCUGCUCUGAGCCCUACCUCUCCCAUGAAGACGGUCACCUAUGCCUCGAUUGCCGAUGUGCCCCAAUUUGCCGCUAAUAGUGGUGCAUCGUCAACAAAGAAAACUCCUUCCGCAGACACGACUCUCUCAGCUGUCAAGGCCCAGACAUCGAAUAUGAUCAAGAAGGCGAAGGAGAUGUGGAUGAAGAGCGCCAGUAGUUCAGACAAGCCAGAGCCAGUGGGAUCCCCUCCACCUCCCCUCCGGAAAUGGCAGGGCGCGGAGUCUCUGCAGGACAUCUUCAAGAGAGACGCGAGCCCCAUCGUUUCCCAGGACCAGCCAAAGGCCCGACAGGAAUCGUACCCGGAUCUCGGGUCCGUUCUGUCGUCGAGUGUUGGUAAGGUGAUCGAGAGAGAGGAGUUUACUGCGCCAUCGCUGUCUGUGGUGGAAACCUUGAGGGAGGAGGGACGGCAGACUAGGAAUUCCCGUUCGAGAACCGCAGAAGCAGCCAAGACCGCAACACCCACACCCACGAUUGAAGACGCCGACCCUGAGGCAAUGCCGGUAUCCCCUGGUCGGCAAACUCGUAAUUCAAGACCUAAGGAGGAUGCUCAUCUUGAGGAUGCUUCACCUAGGUCUACUAAAUCACCAGCACCACGAAAGGCUAAGAAGAGCAUCGUUGACCCUGCAGCAGAGGAGGAGCGCAAGAAACGCCUCGCAGAAAUUUACAAACAGGCACAAGCAGAUAAAGAGAGGAUGGAGCGGCAAAAGGAAGAAGAACAGCGGAAACUCAAGGAGCCUAGUCCAAUGGUUUCUGAAGAGGAAGAAGAGCCCGUUCCGUCUGAGCCCAGCCGAUCACGGUAUGGCUCCGCUGAAGCAGAGCGACCUACAUCGCGACUUCAGCAGAGAGGAUUGCGCUUCCAGAAACUCGAGCCGAAACGCACUGUGAGGACGGCCGCGAAGGAACAACCUACAGUCAAGCCCGCUCCGAUACCGAUGAAGAUCAGCACUGCCAGCCAGCGAGAGAUGCACGACCAACGCCUUAAGGGCACCACUAGUUCAGCGAUUGUCUCUGCGCUCAAAAGCACAUUUGAAGCUUCGCAGCCACCACCUCCCGUGCAACAACCGACCUUGCACACUUCAUCGUCGAACGGGAGUCUCCGGAGUCUUGCUUCUACUGGAAUAACGAAACAGGUGAGGUCGCUUCAGUCCGCGGCCAGUCAACGAAAGAAGGAGCAGGAAGAGAAGGAUAAGAAGAGACGAGAGCAAGAACGGCGAAGGGCAGAAAACCAGAGGAAGCAGGAUGAGGAACAGAAGAGAAUCCAAGCGCUCAGGCAGAAAGCUACAACGCCGGGUCUUGUUCCCACUGCCAAACCUGGAGCCCGUGCCCAAGGGCAAAAUCCCCGUCCGAUUUCACAGGAACCCGAGACAACUAGGGUCGUUAAACCUUACGGUUCGCUCAAUAAGAACCCGUAUGGCCAGGGCAGCAUCAAGCGCACUCAUCCUCAGGAUAUGGAGGAGCCGCAAAGUCGACAUGUCCCUUCGCGCCCUGGAACAGCUGCUUCUUACCACCAGGACGGCCCCAAAAAGCGUCGGACGAAUGAUUAUGAAGAUCGAGCUUAUGAGAUGCCACCACCAAUUCGUGCCUCAAUGGUGAAGAAGGAUAUCGGAUCGAAAGGACUCGCCCAUGGAUACGUUCAGGCAGCAGCCACUGCUGUAGCUUCAUCCACCAUGAAGGCUCCGGGUUCUAGGGUGCCACAAAUUGAGGCCGUCAAGUUUUCCAAGGAGAAGAUCAACUUUGCUGGCGGAACUCCCGGACCGUCGUCAUCGUCAGGGGCGGGUUUCAAAACACCUGGUACCAAAGUCAACAGUCUCAAGAGCAAGACUCCGGCUUUCAAAGAAAGCCCGUUAUAUCAACCCGGCGAGUCCAUUGUGCUGCCCGAUAUCCCGACUGAUUCGGAGGAUGAGGAUGACGAUUACCCCAAGAAGAACGACUUUAGUGUACCGCAAUGGGCCGAAUCGCCAGAACUGCGUGAUCUACUGCGUCAACAGCAGGCAGUCGAUCCAGCUUCGAUCUUUGGACCCAUGGCCAAGUUGGACAUGGAGGCGAUCUUUAAGAACGAGGCCAAGACGGGACGGUUCCGUGCCAGAACAUCGAGUGCUAACUGGGGCGGUGCCGAUCGUUUAACGCAAGCAGAGAUCAUUGCCGACCAGGAGGCCAGAAGGAAAAUGAUGGAGACGGGUAAAUGGGUGCCUUCCGGGUUGUAGAUGAGGAGGAAGAGGAAAGAAAGGUGGAGGAGUUUGGUCUUGUCUGCGUUCAUUCAUCCGGGGCUGCGUACAUUUUGGUACUUUGUUUAUGGCGGACAGAGGAAAGGGGGUGGAGUAGAGCUACAUGUUUUUUCAUUCUGUUUUUCUCUUCUUUACGGGAAACAUUCGUAUCGCAUCUUGUUGCUUUCGUUUCGGCAUUGCUUUUUCUUGUACAUCACCACUUGCGAACGCUGGUUUCUUUCUAUGUAGAACAAAAAACGUAAGGGGACGUCUAUUACUAACUGUUGGUUAUGGUUGGCGAAGGGAUAGGGGAUUGUUAUUAUUUCGUUUAUUAUCUGGGCGUUUUCUGCUAUUUGUUUUGUAUUGUACUCUACUCUAUGCGCGACGCUUGUGAGCAUGGAUUCUGUUACGUCAUGACCAUAGCUUCACCACUGUGCUACA